GGAGCUUCAUUGCUCACCGCCUCAUGUGUGCGGGCUGCCGGCUUGUGUGACAACAAAUGGUCGCGGGAUGCGCGAGUGCAAUCCGGCUGUCCGAUCGAGAGGACUUCUUCGCCUCCUCCUGCACCGUCCACACACCCCCACCGUUCCAUCGCUCCGGGAUCAGAAUGGAAGACCCCUUGUGACAGCACCACGGACAGACCCACGCUGAGACCGAGCAUGGCCGUGGACGCGGCGUCCAGCUUCAGCUUUUGCCGCGCCUCCCUGGAGCACACGUUGUCGGCUGAAGAGCUGAGCUACCAACUGCCACGUCGGUCCGGGGGCAGCAACCUGACCUGGCAUGACGGCCGUGGCGAGAAGACAGCUCACACGCGCACCGUCAAACUGCUGCAGCAGCCUGGCACAGAGGGCAUCCAGGUGCAUCCAGGUGAAGCCUUCACUGUGUUCCACACCAGCCCCACGUUGUCCAGUCUGUCCAAACCCGUGGUGCUGUGGACUCAGCAGGACGUCUGCAAGUGGCUUAAGAAACACUGUCCUCACAACUACCUGACCUAUGUAGAAGCCUUCUCUCAUCACGCCAUCACAGGGCGAGCCUUGCUGCGUUUGAACGGGGAGAAGCUCCAGAGGAUGGGAAUCGUCCAGGACACCCUAAGACAGGAAGUCCUCCAGCAAGUCCUCCAGCUUCAGGUUCGAGAAGAAGUCCGCAAUCUUCAGCUUCUCAGUCGGACCUCCUUUGGAAACUUCUCUUAGCUCAUCGUGUGGUCCAUUUGGCAACCCUUGUCCUCAGCCCCUGUCAGAAAAACUCCAUGGAGAUAGAUGCUUCUGUCUUCACAUUUGCAAUGGAGAAUUAAGCCUAGGAAAAGCCUGUUGACUACACGCCAACCAGUCUGCUGGAUUCUCAUUCAACGCUGGUUUACCAGACCUCCGGGUGAGAGACAAAGCCUCGCUCAAGGCCGGAAUACCAACUGUAGCAUAGCGAUAACGAGGCGAUCAUCUGAAAUUGUCUGGUUUCGAUCUAAGUAGCAAAUCCAUCCUUGUUAGUGGGAUUGAUAGAUACACGAGAUCCAUUACAAGAGUUGGCUCAAAAUGUCUGCUUUUACAAAUUUAAUGAUAACAAUAAUUGUAUUUGACAGUUUCAAUUAAAACUGAGCAUUAUUUUGAAAUUGAAAUGGUGGGGUAGUCAAGGUUGUAGUUUAACUUUUUUUGUUUUUUACAUAAAUUUUAACUUUUGAAACAAAGGGUGUUGAGAUCAUAGUUGAAAUAAUGUGUGUAUAUGUAUAUGAUAACUUUACACAAACAGCAGUGCAUUUUCCUCUCAGGAUUUGAGAUCGCUGGUGGAUGACUCAUAGUAGAUAUCAUCAGACGUUUUAUAUUGUGAUUGACUUAGACUAGAUUGACUAUGUAGCGAGACACUAUACACUACAGCACGUUUGAGGAUUGUAAAAUAACAUUCUCACGGAAGCUUGUGCUUGUUUCUAUGGGACAAAUCCCAAGGGCAGACAAGUAUAAUGUGAUGAUCUCGUUGUCUACGCUUGAUCAAGCAAUAAUCUAAAUGUAAUUACACAACGAGGACUAGCUGUUAGGGCUAAGUAAGAUACAUUGAAAUGCGUUAUUUUGUAGAAUGAUGUUUAUACUUUUGCCUGUUAUAGAGGCAGCAUUUAACUGCCUUGCAGUGUUGUUCAAGAACGUUACUGGAAGUCAUCUCCCUAUCGAAGAAACGGACAAACCCGGGCGGAUACAGUCAAACGUGCACCUGUCACUCCGUAAAACCAUCCCAUAAAAAACACAACAGCUUGUUUACGUUGCAAAAACUAAGAAUUUGCUGUCUUGUGAUUUUGUCACUCUAAGUGGUCUGUACCUCAGAGCGUUUGCAGAUUAUGUAAAUGUCAACAUUUAAUGGACGGUUGUCAAGCCACUGUGAUGCUGUCUAUGGAGUGGGAAUAAAAGAGACAUUUGAACAAACAAAUCAAUAAAGAAGACAUCACUAGACAUUUUUGAUAGGUGGUAAUGACAAAGGUUUUAAUAACUUUAUGAUCUGAUAUGUAUUUCUGUGCACUUUGAAAUAACACAUGUUUUUUGAUAUAUUGCCUGAAUGGCUUAAUGACCCUUAAGGAACUGUUGAAUGCAUGCCUGAUGAUUUUCUAAAUCACGGACACUGCCAAAGUCGUCUAAAAGUGUUCAGUCCUUGAUUACAUUUUAUGUUUUGAUUAAUGCUAGACGCCAGUUUUGGAUUACUACUGAAUGUUCUGGACAGAGGGAAAUGUUUUGCCUAACAAUGAAAAUAUAUGUGUCAAAAGAUUGUGUCAGAAGAACAAACAAACAAAUGCAUGGUAAGUAGUGAGUAAGAACUUUGCAUAGUCAGGGAACAUUAACAAAUUGAUGAUGUCACAGCCAGCAGUUCACAUAAUUCCGUAGAAAAUGACAAAAUUGAAAGAAUGAUGAAUGGGCCGUGUGCAACAGUGGGCAAAGUGGAUGUAUGUGCAAGAAUGGUUUACAGGAAGGACACUUGGAGAUAAAACCGGUCGAGGUGCCAGAGGAAAAGCGACAGGAGGAAAACAACCAAGAACCCGGCCAAAGGUGAUCGCCAAGGCCGAUAGACGGGAUGGAAAACAACAGCCCCCACAUAAUCAGCACCCACCCCCACGGAACCAGCUCUCACCGAACCAGCACCCACUCCCAUGGAAUCAAACUCUCCUGCGAACCUUGUUAUGUUGCCUUUCGGAAUGGAGACUUUCUGCUCUUGAGC